AGCUUACCAGUACAUCGACGCUGAGGGAAAACCAGUCUACGUGAAUUACAGAGCCGACUCAGAAAAAGGAUUCCAGGUCAGCUCAAAUGUGCUCCCAGUCGCCCCAAAGGUUGACCUCGUACAGCCAGUUCAUGAUCAGGAAGGACCAAAGCCCGUGCAGGACACCCCAGAAGUGAGAGCAGCCAAGGAAGAGCACCAGAAGGCAGUGGAGGCAGCCAAGGCCCACGCAGACUACCAACCGGAAGAGACGAAAUCCAGGCGGAAGCGCAGCGCCAUCUUCUACCACGGGUUGCCCGCCGUCCCGCACCCCGUGUACCCAGCAUUCUACCCGCAACCCUACGCGUACUCGGCCCCGUUCGUCCCGGUCGUCAAGACCCUGGCCUACAAAACCAUCACCCCGAUCGAAGGCACCCCGGCAUCCACUUACAAAUUCGACCUCGUUUGAAAAAAACAAAAACAAAAAAUCGAAAUCAAUUCCACGAUGACGAAAAAUUCGGCUGAAAUCGGAAACGCAUUUUCUUCUAGACAUCUUGAUGGCAUACACGUUUUGACACUGAAGAAGAAGAAUAGUUUAUUUUUUAAGAUUCGAAAUAUUCGUUUGAAAAAAAUGAGACGCUGCAAAAUUUUGUGGGGGGAAAAUGCGCGCUUUCACGCCAUCAAAUUUGCUACUGAGAAUCUUGAAUAAAGACGUCGUUGUUCCACUGGCAAAAAAGCAGAAA